AUGGAAGCGGAGUGCAAGGUGGUUUCGGCGUCGGAGGUAGCAGGACGCGAAGAAAUAGAAGAAGAGGACGAGAUGGAGUUCCUGCAACUGGCGAUCGGGGAUCCGGGGCUCCCGGACCUAGACGUGCUGCUGAUAGGCAGCGACAGCGAAGGUUUCUAA